CUGUACUCUGUCAGCUGUAAUAGAUCGUCCUGAGAGGAGAGCCAGCUGAUCAUGGAGUCUGGAACGAACAGGAUAGGACGGCGUGGUGGCAGGUGGAUUAUUCAGUCUCUAGCUGUACUCUGUCAGCUGUAAUAGAUCCUCAGAGGAGGAGAGCCAGCUGAUCAUGGAGGCUGGAAGGAACAGGAGAGGAUGUUUGUUAAGCGUUGUUCAGAAGGAGCAUCUGAACCUGGACGACCUGAGAGACAGAGCUCAGGGCUUAGAAAACAAUUAUGUCUUUAAAAAUGACAAAAUCCCAGAAUACCCACGACCAGAGAUCCAUGUGAGCCAUCUGAAACACGACACCGACAGAAAGGGUUUGAUCGGCAUCAAGCUGUUCAGAGGCUUCAGGAACCCGUGGAGAGAAGACCUGGUGUGGUGGGGUCUGUCGGUGGGGAGGGAGGAACUCAGAUCAGCUGAGCAGCGCCUCCUCCAGGAAACAUACCCGGACCGAACAGAGCAGCAGGUCCAGGAUCAGCAGAGCUUCCUGGGGAAGUUUGCCUCUUCGCUGGCCUUCAAGAAGAUCUCCAGGCUGGGAUCGUACCGCUUCACCUUCCCCCUUCAGGAGCUGCUGGAGGCCUACAGUCGGCAGUUUUGCGGCGGUGAGCAGCCCCUCAUGCGGGUGUAUGAGACCCACCUGUACAAACAGGAAGUGAUGUACGUGGUGCUGGUCCACAGUCCGGCCAAUCAGGAGCAGUUCUCAGAAUAUCCUCUUCUGUCCGACGACCCAAACGCUGUCUGCUGUUACAGAGAUGGCCGCUUCAUCUGGAGGCCUGAGGCCAUGUGUGAAACUCACAGAUUCGAGUUGUUCCGGAACGAUGAGACUCAGCUGAUGGAGGCUCGGCCCUGCAGCCCUCAUGAGCACUAUGUCUGGGAUAAUGUGGGCAUCGCUCUGCAUGUGGAGGACAAGCUGCUGGAGUUCGAUCCGGACCGACUGAGAGAGAAACUGAAGUUCUGCGAAGGAGAAAAACUUCUCCACUUUAAGGUCAAGUUUGAUGACUUCCCGUCUGCCGAGGCGACUGUUCGCAGACUUUGGCCUGAACACCCCUCCCCACUGCAGAGAGAUGAAGAGCCCUCCCCACUGCAGAGAGAUGAAGAGCCCUCCCCACUGCAGAGAGAUGAAGACCCCUCCCCACUGCAGAGAGAUGAAGAGCCAGGGAGAGAUGAAGACCACUCCCCACUGCAGAGAGAUGAAGACCCCUCCCCACUGCAGAGAGAUGAAGACCCCUCCCCACUGCAGAGAGAUGAAGAGCCCUCCCCACUGCAGAGAGAUGAAGAGCAGGACAUUAAUAAAGCAGAAUAG